AUGGACUACUCCGCGCUCGCCUCCGACACUGGCGGCUUCGGGGACGACCCCACCGAGCAGCCCUUCGCCGGCGUGCAGCACACACACACCUCCUACACGCCCCACCACCACCACCACGACGACACCGACCCGCCGUUCACGCCGGGCCCGUUCAACCCCAGCAUGGACGACCAUGGCGGCUUCGGGCAGCCCCAGCACAUCAUCCAGCACCAUCAGGACGAUGGCUUCCGCAGUCCUGGCUUUGCCCCAGAGACGCCCCGCUUCCCCUCCACUGCAGCAGCAGCAGCAGCAGCAGCAGCCCCGCAGCAGGAACAACAGCAGCCCCAGCAGCCCCAGCAGCCCCAGCAGCACCAAGAGGAGGACGUCGAGCAUCACCAUGAGGAGGAGCAUCACCCGCAGGCCCCGCCGCCCCAGCAGCAGCAGCAGCAGCAGCAGCCCCAGCAGCAGAACCGCCCCCAGCACCGUCUCCAGGCAAAGAUCACCGCCCUCGAACGCACCGGCCGCAAGGACCUCAUCCUCAAAUUCGACGUCCACACAAACCUGCCAAAGUUCCGCACGACGCAGUUCCGCGACGUGCGCCGCACGCACCCCGAGUUCCAGAAGCUGGCAAACCACCUCCUCUCCAGCAACCCAGAGUGCAUCGUGCCGGCCGUGCCCCCGCCCGCGACAAGCGCAGGCGUCGGCACAGAGGAGGACGAGGCCCGCGUCAAGGCCGCAAUGCAGCGCUGGCUCAACACCGUCUGCAGCAACGACGUGCUCAUCCGCGACGAGGAGAUCGUCUUCUUUGUCGAGUCGGACUUUGGCUACAGCCCCGUCGUCCGCCGCAAGCAGCCCGCCACGGGCGUGCGCCGCCGCGUAAUCAAGCAGUUUGCGCCCCCGCCCGACGACACUCCAGAGCUCGAGCAGGCCCGCCCCGUCGUCAAGGCAUUCUACCUCGGCGCCAUGGAGACGGGCCAGAAAGUCGACCGCGUCGUCAAGUCGCGGCGCGGCGUCGGCCUCGCCGAGUCCGAGCUCGGCAUCCGUCUCUUUGCGCUCUCACAAACCGAGACGCACAACGGCAUGUCCAACGCGCUGCGCAAGCUCGGGAAAACCAUCCAGUCCGUCGGCGACUACCACGCCGCGCAGGCCACCGCCGAGGCCACAACCCUCGGCGACCCGCUCAACUACCACUCAUCCGACGCAUUCAUCGUCAAGGAAACACUCACCAACCGCCAACUGCUCAUGCGCGAGCUCGAAGCCGCCCGAAAGGACACCCGCUCAAAACUCCAGACCGUCGAGGUGCUCAAAUCCAAAGGCGCAAUCAAGCGCGACAAGGCCGACGAAGCGCUGCAAGCCCUCGAGGAGGCAAAAGGCACAGAGACACACCUCGAGAACAAGGUCAAGCGCGUGACUACAAACCUGGUCCUCGAGCGCCGCCGCUGGUUCGCACGGACCGCGCGGGAGGCGAGGUGUAGUAUCCGCGACUACUGCCUGCGGCAGAUUGAGGCCGAGCGACGCACGCUGGCGACGCUGGAGAGCGUGAGGCCGGAUAUACGCGCCAUUGAUGCGAGCGGGGGGUUGAGUCGGUUGGGGCGCGAUGCGCCGCCGACGAGUAGGAGGGCCAGUUUGAGGGUGAGUCAGGGGCCGGCGGGGGAUGCGUGGAGCGGCGUGCAGAGGGUGCCGGGGGUGCAGAGGGUUCCCGGGGGAUUGGGGGGGUUGGGGGGAAUGGGUGGGCUGGGUGGAUUGGAGGGGAAUGGAGUGGGGGGGGUGGUGAAGGAGGUUGAGGAGGAGGGGUUGGGCGUGGGGGAUGAGGAUAGGUUGGAUGCGAAGAAUGCGGCGAGUCGGUUGGCGGGGAGUACGUUUUAG